AUGAAGCAAUUUAAUGGAAUUGAGACGGAAGCCUUUAUGAAUAAGGCGCAGAAAGUCGACAGACCGCCUCUUGGAUUUUCGGCUUCCGAUCCACUGGAGCGAGACUGGUUUUUGGGUCUAGAAGAUAAGCCAGAAAAAAAGAACGGGAAUAACGAAAGUGGCCCAAGUGCCAGUGCUGGCUCCUCUCUUGCCAAGCAAUAUUCUGGUGCUGAAAUUGCAGAUCGAUUAAGUGAGAGAAGAAAUGAAUCCAAAAAAUUUAAUGAGAGAAAAAGAGAAACGAAAUCCAGGCUAUCAGAAGCUGAAGAGUAUAAUGUUUUGCGACGGCAUCGAAACCCAAGUCGAAAGAAACUAUUGAUGAAAGCAUUCUUGCUAUCUUUAUAUACCCCAGGGCAUAUCGGUAUUGUGAGUUUAAUUUUACAGUACCUGCAAUGUACUAAGGGCUAUUUUCUCCUAUUUUUUAUUAUCUCUUUGAUUGUUGGAAUUGCUCGUUUUUAUACUCAGUACCAGAUGCUCGAAGGCGAGUUCUGGGAAGAGGCGGCGAAGGAAAAUCCAAAUAUUGCAAAACUGGUUGAUCUUGGAGGGAUUGAAGCGCUUGGCCAAAGUGGUUCGCGAUCUGAUAUACCGAAACGUCAGACGCUUCUUGAAAAAAAGAAUGAUUGA